ACGAGACGGAGAAGGCGGCGUUCGCUCGCGAGCUUGGCUUCGUUCUUCGCUCCAACGUCACGAGAGCGAGAGAGUAGGAUCUCGGUCUCCAGGGGGCUUCAAGAGCGUGGUAAAGGAGGUUAGGUUUUCAUCUUUGGUGCUUGGGAUUUGGAGAUUCAAGCCAUGGAGUUGCAGAGGAAGGAUGUGGGGAUCGUCGCCAUGGAUAUCUACUUUCCUCCCACUUGUGUUCUUCAAGAAUCUAUGGAAGAUUACGACGGAGUGAGCAAAGGGAAGUACACCAUUGGGCUUGGGCAGACCUGUAUGGCCUUUUGCACCGAGUUGGAAGACGUUAUCUCCAUGAGCUUGACUGUAGUUACUUCCCUCCUCGAGAAAUAUCAAAUUGACCCAAGAGAAAUUGGUCGCUUGGAAGUUGGUAGUGAGACGGUGAUAGAUAAAAGCAAGUCUAUAAAGACUUGGCUGAUGCAAAUUUUUGAGAAAUGUGGUAACUCUGACAUCGAAGGAGUUGACUCAACAAAUGCAUGUUAUGGGGGAACUGCUGCACUACUGAACUGUGUGAACUGGGCAGAGAGUAGCUCUUGGGAUGGGCGUUAUGGGCUGGUUGUUUGUACAGAUAGUGCGGUUUAUGCAGAAGGACCGGCUCGGCCAACAGGGGGUGCUGCUGCUAUUGCAAUGUUAAUUGGGCCAAAUGCUCCAAUAGCUUUUGAAGGAAAAUUUCGGGGGAGUCAUAUGGCUCAUGUUUAUGACUUUUAUAAACCAAAUCUUGCAAGUGAAUAUCCGGUUGUUGAUGGAAAGUUAUCUCAAACAUGCUAUCUCAUGGCAGUUGAUUUUUGUUACAGACGUUAUUGUGCCAAGUAUGAGAAGUUUGAGGGAAAACAAUUUUCACUUUCUGAUGCAGAGUAUAUUGUAUUCCAUUCUCCAUACAACAAGCUUGUGCAGAAAAGUUUUGCACGCCUUUUCUUCAAUGACUUCUUGCAGAAUCCAAGCUCCAUCGAGAAGGAAGCUAGAGAAAAACUUGAGCCAUUUUCAACAUUGACUGGUGAUGAAAGUUACCAGAAUCGGGAUCUUGAGAAGAUUUCUCAGCAAGUUGCAAAGCAAUUAUACGACGCAAAAGUUCAACCGUCCACUUUGGUCCCAAAGGAAGUUGGGAACAUGUACACCGCAUCUCUCUAUGCGGCAUUUGCAUCUGUUCUUCAUAACAAGCACAAAAUUCUGGGAGGUCAACGGAUUGUCAUGUUUUCGUAUGGCAGUGGCCUAACUUCUACAAUGUUCUCCUUUAAACUUAACGACGGUCAACAUCCAUUCAGCCUAUCAAACAUUGCAUCAGUGAUGAACAUCUCCGAGAAACUAAACAUGAGACAUGUGUUUCCUCCUGAAAAAUUUGUUGAGACACUGAAACUGAUGGAACACCGAUAUGGAGCUAAAGAUUUUGUGACUGCUAAAGACACAAGCUUAUUAUCCCCUGGUACAUUUUAUCUCACCGAGGUUGAUUCGAUGUACCGGAGAUAUUACGCGAGGAAGGACGCAGAUAAUGUGAACACCGAGGAUGGUAUCGGCUUUGCCAAUCAUUCACUGGUCAAUGGCCACAAAUGAUAAGACUCCAAAUAUGAGGGAGAUGCAAUGGAGUUAUAGUUUCUUUGUAUCCCUCUUAUGAUCUCAUUGUUAACUUUGCAAGGUUUUAUUGUUGGAUUGUUGUGGCUUAUUUUAUUUUGUUUAUGAAUUUCUAAUUUCUUGGUUAAAUUUAAUUUCUUUAA